GCGAAUCCCCAACACCUGCUGUCCAAUCUCUCUUUCCUGGAGACCUUUGGGGCUGAUUACCUUGAAGGUGAGGAGCAGUACCUGAGGUGCCAGUUUUAUGUCGCCGUCAAUGUAGUCAAGCGCCUGCUCUCCGAAGCCGCAAUGCGUGAAAAGUGUUAA